AUGACAUCUCUGUCUCUACUAGUGUUUGCGGGCCAACCAAACGACUACUACUCCCAACGCAUACCCGAUCAGGAAGUGAUGGACACAAACCUGCGUUCAGUCGUCUAUUUAACACAUCUAUCGGUCGAACACUUGGAGAAAACUAAAGGCAAUAUAAUUAAUAUAUCGAGUGUUGCGGGACUUAAACCGUUUGGCAGAGGGUUUCUGUACUGUAUGUCAAAGUGUGCACUCGAUAUGCUCACCAAAUGUCUGGCCCUAGAGUUGGGUCCAAAAGGAAUUCGAGUUAAUGUUAUUAAUCCGGGUCACGUUAGGACUAAUUUCCUUCAAGUCGUGGGCCUAACGAAAGAGCAAUCGGAGGCCCGAUAUAGUGAAAUGGACGGCAAAUACCCGGUCGGACGGGUCGGUGAGUCCAUAGACAUCGCGAACGCCAUACUCUUCUUGGCCUCAGACGAGGCCUCGUUUGUGACGGGCAUUAACUUUGUGUCGGACGGCGGGGCACUCAACGCCCCGAUGAUUAAAAUAGUUUUGAUCACCGGUUCAGGCGGUGGUAUCGGCGCCCGAAUUGCCAUAGAGUUCGCCCGAUAUGGGGCUCAAGUGGUGAUCAAUGACCGAAAUGCCGACAACUUGUCAGAAGUGGCCAAACAAUGUGCGGCCGUUUCGCCCAAAGGUCUGAAACCACUGGAAGUGUUGGCAGACGUGAGUAAAGACGUCGACUGUAAACGACUGAUUGACAGUACGAUC